AUGGAAUUCUACAACCAAGCAGCCCGGGCCAUCGACCAAGUCGACAACAAGCGCGGAAGCCUUAAAUCCAUCGUCUUCAACCUCGCCGCUAACAAGAAUGCUAAAAUCAAGCCGCCGCCAGCUGAUUCCUCAGCAAAAACGAUCCAGGCCAGACAAGUCAGCGAUGGCAAAAGGCUCUUGAGAGUAGUGGCGGAAACUUUACGAUACCGUCAGGUGAUCGAAUCAAUCUUACGUGUCGUCGAUAUCCUGAGUCUGGAGCCCAAGGCUUUUGGCUCGUCCUCCAAGUCGUCAAAGACAUCGAGUUCGAAACAAGCCGAACGAUGGCAGCACCCACGCCCGCACAGUCUAGUCCUUGUUCUGGUACAUGACCAUCUCUUCGCCUCUCGAGGGAUCUCUAUGGCAAAAAUCCACAAGAUCCGAGUGGCUAUCGAGCGCCAUUCAUCAGCACUAAAAGCCGAGCUCUCGCGUCUGAUGGUUCAAAAUGCCGUUUCUCAAGUAUCUGACUUGGUCAACUCUCUUCAAACCGGCCGAGAUUCGUUGGAUGAAGAUUCGGGCACGAAAAACUUGAAUGCUCCUCGCUGGAUAAGAGUCAACACCAUCAAGUGGAGCAUCGAGGAUGCAAGAGCAUGGUUCAUAGACGCCGGCUGGAACCAAGUUUCGCUACAAGAGCUGACCAAACUGACGAGUUGCAGCCCUGAUCAGCUUCUUUCUUUCGCUGAGGACAAGCAUGUGGCGGGUUUACUCGCGCUUCCCUCGACGGUAGUCCUCGCGACACUGAAACCGUAUCUAGAUGGCCGACUGAUUGCCCAAGAUAAAGCCUCAUGCAUGCCUGCACAAUUGCUUCUGGGUGACUAUCCUAAAAAUCGUCCAAUCGAAGUCAUCGACGCCACCGCUGCUCCUGGUAACAAAACUACCAUGCUUAGCUCGAUUGUCGGGAUGAACGGAAAAGUGUGGGCUUUCGAAAAAGAUAAACAGAGGUUUCGCGUCCUUCAGGAGAUGAUUAAACUAGCAGGUUGUACCAAUGUCCAAUGUAUCAACGGCGAUUUCCUGGCUGUUGAUCAUUCUGAUGCACGCUUCCAGAAUGUUUCGCACAUCAUGGUGGAUCCAUCGUGUUCCGGAUCAGGAAUUUCUAAUCGGCUCGAUCACCUCUCCCAAACCGGUUCAAAAAAUACGCAAGAUGAAGGUCGCAUUCAAUCCUUAUCACGCUUCCAGACAACUAUUGUGUCACAUGCGCUUCGUUUCCCGUCCGUCCAAGAAGUGGUUUACUCAACUUGCUCAAUUUGGAAAGAGGAAAACGAAGAAGUAGUCUUCAGGAUCUUGAAUAAGCCCGAGAUGAUCAACAAAGGCUGGACCCUCAAAGACGUAGAAAAUACAUUCCUUGCCAACUCAAAAACGCCGUGGAGGCGCAGUGUGGAUGUAAUCUUCCCAGAUCAAAAACUGUUGUCAGAUCGAAUGGUCAGAUUUGAUCCCUCAGUCGACCAGACAAUUGGCUUCUUUGCAGCGGUCUUCCUCCGCCCUGCCCCACAGAACUCAAAAAAAGAAGACGAAAGCCAAUUUGACUUACCGGCUCAGAUACCAGAGCCCGCCCGGACUCGCCGUGAUCAACGUUCCGUCAUAUCCCGCCAAACAACCGUCACUGCCACCAAGAAAGAAAUCAGGGAGAAGAAGAGUAGUCUCUUCAAUGGUAUUCGACCUGGCAGGCUGAUCUCUUGA